UCAAAAUCAGACAUAAAUGGGGUUUCCGGUUCCCAUGCUCUUCGUGGAGCUCAAAACCCUAACCACAACCCUUUCUUCAAUUUCUUCAUUCUAACCCCAUAAUGUCCAAAAUUUCCUCCUCUUUUCUUCUACAUUUCUUCCAUAAUCGUUUUCUCAACACCGUUUCUACUUCUACAUUGCCUUUGCCCUCUGUCUCUACCAUCCAAUUCCUCACAAAUUCAUGCGGCCUUUCUUCGGGAUCUCCUACUUCCGCCGGUCGAAAGCUCCAGUUCGAUGAAAAACACAUCCAGCAGUACGGAGCCGUUAUCGAUUUCUUGAAAUCACAUGGAUUCGAGAAUACACAGAUCGCCAAUUUGGUCUCGAAGCGACCUUCGAUCCUUCAAUCCAAAGUAUCCACCAAUCUGAAGCCUAGAUUUGAGUUCUUCCAGGAAAUCGGGUUCAUCGGUCCUUUACUUCCUAAGUUAAUUCUAUCAACCCCAUGGGUUCUUGGCAGCAGCUUAGAUUCUCAGUUGAAACCAUCAUUUUUUUUCCUAAAGGACAUUCUUGAAUCGGAUGAACAAGUAACUGCUGCUAUUUGUCGUUUUCCCAGCCUUCUAGUUAGUGAUUUGAAGGGUAAUUUGAAAUCUAACAUUGAUGUUUUGGCCAGUGAAGGAGUACCUUCUAGAAACAUAGCGAAAAUGAUCGAAAUGGACCCUAGAACUGUUAUGCAAAAGGUUGAUAGAAUGAUUCAAGUUGUGAAAAAGGUUAAAGAAUUGGGCAUUGAACCAAAGACUCGUAAGUUUGUUCAUGCGAUUAGAAUAAGGGGUUCAUUGAGUGAUUCAACUUGGAAGAAGAAAAUAAAUGUUAUGAAGAGUUUAGGAUGGUCUGAGAAUGAGAUUUUGACAGCAUUUAAGAAAGAUCCAAAUUAUUUAAGUUGUUCAGAGGAGAAACUGAGGGAUGUUACAGAUUUCUGUCUCAACACUGCGAAGUUGGAUCCAGAAACUGUAAUUUCUUACCCUACGUUAUUCAUGAGUGCACUGGACAAGCGGCUCCGACCGAGGUUCAAAAUUCUUGAGGCUUUGAAGGUGAAAAGUCUUCUUAAGAACAACAUUAAGAUCCCUCGGGCGCUUGUACGAGGGGAGAGAGAAUUUGUGGAGAGAUAUGUAGUUAAACAUUUGGAUAAAAUCCCAAAUCUGAUGGACAUAUACCGGGGGAAUGUCGCAACCGAGACCAAAUCUGUUCUAUAGGAUUGGAAAGUUGUAGGUUAAUAAUCUUCUUAUGGUUUAAAUUUCAGCAUCAGGAUCUUCAAAUGGGAGAGCAUUUUUGUUGUUAUUAAGCCCACUGUUUCAAGGAACAUUGCCUCUUGAGAUUUUCAAAUGGUGAUCUCUCUUUUUCAAGUGGGAGAGUUCUGUUAUUAUUCAGGCUAAAUCUAUUGCUGUAUACUUCUUAAUGUUACUAUGUGUAGCAUAAUUUUGCUUCCAAUGACCUUGAAGAUUUUGUUAUAUUUGUAAUUUUUAAAAAAAUUUAUAUAUCUAAUUAUUUUAGUUUGAA